AAAAUAAAAAUGAAUCUAUUCUCAGUUUAGUUAAGUCAAUCCUGUUUUAUCUCCUUACAAUCCCCUAUUUUCCUCACAAUUCUAGGAUUUCCUCCCCAAUGUCUAUUCAAAAAUUUUUUGAGGUGUUAUUUUGCAAUUUACUUUUCGAUAUUUAUGAUUCAAAAUAUUUAUCUUAUGAGCCUAUAGUUAUAAAUACCUGGCCAUUUUAUAAUUGCACAAAUAAAGCUUGGGAGAUUAUAGAAAAUAAUGGAAGUGCAUUGGAUGCUGUAGAAGCUGGAUGUAAUAUUUGUGAACAAGGACAAUGUAGUCGUUCAGUUGGUUAUGGGGGUCAUAUUGAUGAAAAUGGUGAGACAACAUUGGAUGCAAUGAUAAUGGAUGGAGAAUCCCAGGAAAUGGGAGCAGUGGGCUCUUUAUAUAAAAUAAAAAAUGCAAUAUCAGUAGCCCGGAAGAUAAUGGACUAUACACAACAUUCUUUCUUGGUAGGAGAAGCAGCUACAAAGUUUGCUCUUCAAAUGGGAUUCGAAGAAGAAAAUUUGACAACCAAUUAUUCGAUAAAGGAAUUCAAAAAUUGGCUCGAUAAUAAGUGCCAACCUAAUUUUAGAAAGAAUGUAUUGCCUGAUCCAAAGAAAAAUUGUGGUCCCUAUCACCAAAAUGUUUAUCAAAACAUAGAACGAUCGAAAGAAGAUUUAGCUAGUGACACAGUCGGAGUCAUAGCUCUCGAUUUUAAUCGAAAGAUCGCAAUUGGCAUGUCAACUAACGGAGCUGAUCACAAGAUUCCUGGAAGGGUUGGAGAUUCACCAAUUCCAGGAUCUGGAGGGUAUGCUGAUAACUCAUUUGGUGCUGCUGUAGCAACUGGAGAUGGAGAUAUUAUGAUGAGAUUUUUGCCUUGCUAUCAAGCUGUGGAAAAUUUACGCAACGGAAUGACUCCAAUCGACGCUGCUAAUAAUUCCUUACAAAAAAUUAUCAAAAAAAUACCUUCUUUUUAUGGUGCCAUAAUAGUUAUGGAUAAAUUUGGGAAUCAUUCUGCUAGUUGUCAUGGUUGGGAGACUUUUACAUACACGUAUAGGACUCGAGAAAAAAGCGCACGUUUUAUUGAUAUUAAAUGUUCAAAAAUACGUUGAAAUUUUUUAUUAUUUUAAAACUAAAAUAAAUUAUUACAAAAAUUGUAAUAUUGAUAAUAUUUCAUUUUUUUUUAUAAUAAAAAAAAAAGCAAAUCAAAAUAUUGUACUUUAAUAAUGUAACAAAAAACGAUUUUUUCAAAUUGAUUGAAAUAAUGAAUGAUAACUGGUAAAUAAGGCCUUGA